AUGGGCACGAGCGAAUAUUGGGAAAAAUGGUUCCUGAACCUGCGGGUGCCCCCCACCGGGGUAUUUGGUGUGGCCUUCCUUGCUCGAGUCGCUCUGGUUUUCUACGGGGUCUUCCAGGACCGGACCAUGCUCGUGAGGUAUACAGACAUCGACUAUCACGUCUUCACCGACGCCGCGCGCUUCAUUACGGAAGGGCGCUCCCCGUAUCUGCGAGCCACAUAUCGCUACACUCCUCUGCUGGGUUGGCUCCUCACUCCCAACAUCUACCUCAGUGAACUCUUCGGAAAAUUUAUCUUCAUCAGCUGCGACUUGCUCACCGCUUUCCUCUUAUACCGCCUGCUGCUGCUUAAGGGGCUGGGACGCCGCCAGGCGUGUGGCUACUGUGUCUUUUGGCUUCUUAACCCCUUGCCUAUGGCGGUAUCCAGUCGAGGCAAUGCGGACUCAGUUGUCGCCUCCCUGGUGCUUAUGACCUUGUACUUCAUAGAGACAAGACUCAUCGCUUGUGCCGCUGUAUUUUAUGGUUUCGCGGUGCAUAUGAAGAUGUACCCAGUGACCUAUAUCCUUCCCAUAGCCCUCCACUUGCUUCCAGAACGAGACGAUGAAGCCUUUCGUCAGUCUGGCUAUUCUUUCAAGGCUCGUUUAUAUGAAUUUCUGAAGAGGUUGUGCAGUCGGGCUGUGCUGCUCUUUGUAGCAGUUGCUGGACUUACAUUUUUUGCCCUGACCAUUGCUUUUUAUUGUAAAUAUGGUUGGGAAUUUUUGGAGAACGCCUACCUUUAUCACCUGACUAGAAGGGAUAGCCGUCACAAUUUUUCUCCAUACUUCUACAUGCUGUAUUUGACUGCAGAGAGCAAGUGGAGUUUUUCCCUAGGACUUGCUGCAUUCCUGCCACAAUUCAUCUUGCUUUCAGCAGUUUCUUUCGCCUAUUACAGAGACCUCAUCUUUUGUUGUUUUCUUCAUACGGCCAUUUUUGUGACUUUUAACAAAGUCUGCACCUCCCAAUACUUUCUUUGGUAUCUCUGCCUUCUGCCUCCUGUGAUGCCACUAGUGAGGAUACCUUGGAAAAGAGCUGUAGUUCUCCUAAUGUUAUGGUUUAUAGGACAGGCCUUAUGGCUAGCUCCUGCAUAUGUUCUUGAGUUUCAGGGAAAGAACACCUUUUUGUUUAUUUGGUUAGCUGGCUUGUUCUUCCUUCUUAUCAACUGUUACAUCCUGAUUCAAAUUAUUUCCCAUUAUAAGGAGGAGCCCCUGAGAGAAAAGAUCAAGUAUGACUAA